AUGAAGCUGCUGUGGAAGGUGGCCCGCACCGGGCGAAGGCUCAAAACAAAAGCCAUUACCCUUCUCACUGGUGCAGUGGCUGUGCGAGAGCCACUGCAGCGGUCUACCACUAACUACACCGGAAAGCGACUCGACGAGCGCAUUGGUAGCCGGGCCGCAAAUGUCGAAUCGAUCCUAAUUCUGAUUGUGGGAGAAGUCUCCCAGCAGGAGUGUGGCAAUUGCCUGGCGAACAAUGGCCCCUGGGCCAAAUGCGUUCGUUUUCUUGAUAUCGAUCGUACAAUUACCGCAUCACCCGCUUGUUCCCGAGAAUUCCCAGGGCACCGGCGCGGCCGGUCGUCUCAGUCCUCUAUCAACAGUUUAGAUGUCCGUCUUAAUAUUCAGGGCGACAAGGCCGAGGCUGGCCUCGCCAUGGUUGAAAAUUUGGAGCGGGCGCUCCGCAGGAUGCAGGCCGAGAUCGGCCUUGACGACAGCCGAAACGAGGCAAUUCACAACGCUAUGCGCGCUGAAAACUUUGCGGAGCUGAUUGUCCCGGCCCGUGCAUUCACCCCUACCACCACCCCGACCAACACAGAGCCGAGUUCGACAAUAUGCUUCAGAUGGUCGCAGCUAUUAGAGAUAACUUCGCCAAUAUCCAACGAUCCUAAGGCAAUCUAA